UUCACUUCUGCAUCAUCCAACCAAAUUUCGAACGGAUAACACAAAGUUACAAUUCCCCAUAACAGCUCCAAAAACAAGAGGUUGAGCACUCCCAUCUCUCAGAAGGCCAUCAAUGGCCGCUCUCAGCAUCGGCAUAGCCACCACCGCCAUAACAGCCCGUGCAACUCUCAAACCUUCUAAAUCUUUCAGGCCCAGAAUCUGCUGCAGCAUUGGAUGGGACCCGGAAGGCGUAUUGGGCCCGCCCCAGACCGGCCACCUAGCGAGGCGCGAGUUUAAGAAGCGGCUCGAGAGAGACGCCGAAGCCCGGGAGGCCUUCGAACAACAAGUCCGCGAAGAAAAGCAGCGUCGCCAAGCUCUUCGGCAGUCUAGGGUCGCUCCCGAAACUCCAGAGGAGCUGAUCGAGUACUUUCUGGACACUGAAGCUCAGGAAAUUGAGUUUGAGAUCGCGAGGUUGAGGCGCCGAUUGAACCAGGAGGUUUUUUCACACCUACAAUUUGAGUUGGGUCAGCUUCGGUUUGCUGUUUCAAAAUCUCAGGAUAUGGAAGAUAGAUUGAUUGAGCUAGAAGCGCUGCAGAAAGCCCUGCUGGAAGGAACAGAAGCCUAUGAUAAAAUGCAAGCUGAGCUCAUAGCAGCAAAAGAAAGUCUAACCAAAAUAUUGACAUCAAAGGAUGUAAAAGCAACUUUAUUGGAGAUGGUUGAGCGGAAUGAACUCAAUAGAUCCUUACUGACCCUUCUUGAUGAAAAUAUAGCAAAUGCACACAAGGGUAACCAGAAACAAGCAGCAGAAUUCAUGGAAAAGCUUCGCGGGGCUGUUCUCAGAUACAUGACAGUGUAGGACCCACGUGGUAAUCAUCAACUUUCCCUUUAGUGUUUUAAGUACGCUGCCACAUAAUUCACCAAAUUAUGAUAAAGGAGUUGUAAAGUUGUAAUUUUGUAAACAUUAGAGGACUUUGUUGGUUUGAUAUAUGAUUAAGUACGGGCAAUGCCAAUGCA